GUCGUCAGUGUCGGUUGGCGGAAGCUGACGGCGGAGGGAGGACCGGAGACUGCGGAGAUAAACAAACACACGCAGCGGACUCUCCACUCACCUGCUGCGGACUCUCCACUCACCUGCUGCCGCUGCCGCAGCUCCGCGUCCGACCCGGGUCCAAGCAGCCAGGAACGGAGAGAAUAGCCCGGGAUACCCUCCUCUUCCUUCCUCCCCUUCUCUUCACCCCCCCACCCCCCACCCCGGGAGGCGGCGGCUUGUGCGACUCGCGUCCCGGCGGAGAACCGAGCGAGACAUGACGGAGCUGAGGAAGCGAGGCGGCGGCGGAGCAGACACCGACAGCACCGACAACAUCAGCGACAAGGAGGCCGACGGUGAUGACAGGCUGGGUCUGCACGGUGACGCAGAGGGAGAAUGUGACGCCGACUCCAAAGCAGACACUCCAGAUGUUCCUCUCUCCACAGCAGACACAGACAACACUCCACAAUGCCUGAACAAAGCUCUGGAGGGCCUGCCGCCCAGAUGGAAGAACUACUGGAUACGAGGGGUUCUGUCGUUAGCCAUGAUUUCAGGCUUCUUCCUCAUCAUCUACAUGGGACCUGUCACUCUUUUAUUAGUGGUCAUGACCGUCCAGAUCAAGUGUUUUCAAGAAAUCAUCGACAUCGGAUACAGAGUUUACCGUUCCUACGAGCUGCCUUGGUUCAGGACUCUGAGCUGGUACUUCCUGAUCUGCGUCAACUACUUCUUCUACGGGGAAACGGUGGCGGACUACUUCGGGGCCCUGGUGCAGAGGGAGGAGCCGCUGCAGUUCCUGGCUCGCUAUCACCGCUUCAUCUCCUUUGCUCUGUACCUCGCAGGUUUCUGCAUGUUUGUGCUGAGUUUAGUGAAGAAACAUUACCGCCUGCAGUUUUAUAUGUUUGCUUGGACCCAUGUGACCCUGUUGAUUGUGGUAACUCAGUCCCACCUUGUCAUUCAGAACCUGUUUGAAGGAAUGAUCUGGUUCAUCGUUCCGAUCUCCAUCGUGAUCUGUAACGACAUUGGGGCGUAUCUGUUUGGAUUCUUCUUCGGGAGGACGCCGCUCAUCAAGCUCUCGCCCAAGAAGACCUGGGAGGGCUUCAUCGGCGGUUUCUUCUCCACUGUGGUUUUUGGCUUCAUCCUGGCGUACCUCCUGGCUCGGUUCCAGUACUUCGUGUGUCCUGUGGGAUUCAACAGUGAGACCAACGGCUUCACAGUCGAGUGUGAGCCCUCGGAUAUCUUCGUGAUGCAGGAGUACACACUUCCUGUGGUCGUACAAAACAUUGUGACAUGGAAAACGGUGAACCUCUAUCCGUUCCAGAUCCACAGCAUCUUCCUCUCGUCCUUCGCGUCGCUCAUCGGGCCGUUCGGCGGCUUCUUUGCCAGCGGCUUCAAGCGAGCCUUCAAAAUCAAAGACUUUGCCAGCACCAUCCCCGGACACGGCGGCAUCAUGGAUCGCUUCGACUGCCAGUACCUGAUGGCCACCUUCACGCACGUCUACAUCGCCAGCUUCAUCAGGGGUCCGAACCCCAGCAAGGUGCUGCAGCAGCUGCUGAUGCUUCAGCCCGAGCAGCAGCUCAGCAUCUUCCACACACUGCUCUCCCAGCUGAGGGAGAGGGGCAUGCUCCCCCCCGCUGUCGCCCAGGCUGAGUGAACGACUUCACGGGGGGAUGACGGGGGAGUGUGUGUGUGUGUGUGUGUGAUGGUGUGGAUAGUUUGUGUAGGCAUGUACACACACACACAUAGUCACACACACACUCGCACGUAUGCCUGUAUGGUGUGAUCCCAGGCCCCUCCCUGCUUCCGUCGUCAUCCUGCCGCCUCUUCAUUCGACUACAAACCAGCGCGAAAUCCCACCCGAAGCGACUCUCGUUAAAAAAAAUAACAAAACACAAGUGGCUUUGUUGCUUUCCACUUGGAGCGGCACAUAAACUACAACGGCAAACAGGAAGUCCACAUCCUGAAGACUCACGGACGGAAGAUAAAAUGUCUCAUCACACAACACAGACUUCAAAGCACACAGCUUUCCCGGCGCAGGUGGACGGUGGACGUGCGGUUUCCCUUUGCGGACGGCAAAUAUUGCACUGAACAAAUGGAUUUAAGAAGCUUUUACCAGCAUGAACUGGGCCCAGAGCGUCGGACACGUGGACCUGAGCUGCCGCCGACCGCCCGGCGCCACUCGUCUCUCUGGGGUUCGGGGUGAAGUCAUGAUGCAGCAGGGUCGUUAAAGUUUAAACACUGUUUUUCACGGUGUUUGCUCUAUUUAAGGAUCUUAACCUCAUGUAGCAUGUUCCUGAGUCCCCUGUCAGGCUUCUGCUUGGAUAAGCCAUGUUUCUUGUUUUUCCUCCACAGCGUGAACUGUCAGCUUUUAGGUUUCUGUCCGAAUCUAAAUAAGUCGCACAAAAAGUCAACGGUGUUUGACUGUAGGCAUGUUAACGCAGAAACUAGAGCAUCAGCCUCACACUCGUGUAUUGUACAUAAAUACAUUUUGAAGAUAUUUAGCUAAACAAAUACUUAAUAUAUAACUACGUAUGUGACCUGCUGGGGUGAAAAGAUCACUUUUAAACUAAGAGAAAUAAUAAUAAUAAUAGCAUGAACAAAUUAGAUUUUUAAAAGUAGGGACGUAGAGUUGAUCUGAGGUUGCUGCUUAUUUAGAGGGUGUGAACUUUAACUAGAGAAUGUGAAAAAUAAUCUAAAGGAAUAGUUCUAACAUUUGUAACACAUCUGUUUUUCUUUUUGAGAAUAAGAUGAGAUGAUUGAUUUCAGAGGGGGCUGCUGUCCCUCCUCUUCCUCUUCCUCCUCUUCUUCCUCCUCCUCCUCCUCCUCCUUCAGACCAAGAGCCAAGUUGCAAACAGUUCCUCAGAGCCAGCGUCGCAUUAGAUGCUUUAUUUUAUUUGAGCCUCAGUCGGCCAGGACACCUCACAUGACGUCUCCAGUGUCAAUCACUGUUGAUUUGUGAUCAUCUCAAACUCUCUGAAGGAAACUAAGAUGUGUGCUACUGGAAAUGUUGAACUAUUCCUUUCUAAAAGACUCGUGCUUCCUGCUUUAGUGAUUUAACCGAUGACUUCAGUUGCACUGUAGCAGUGGAGGUGGUGAUGAUGGGUGGAGGUCGACUCUGAACGGUCCCACGUCCUCACUCUUUACUCUUCUUCUCUCCUUAUGCUUUAAAUCCCCGUCGUACGGAUUCAGUUCUGAAUGUAGUUUGCAAUCUGAGAUGUGAUCGAUGAUAACCUAUGUGCUGUAUGACAUGUGCGUGUAUACAGUAUGUGCAGUACUGUAUUUACACAUAUCUGAAGUAUAUGAAGGGCGGUGGUUUUAUUAGCAAUAUUUUCAUCUUAUGCAAGUCUGAGAAUUAUGAUUUGGAGGAUUUCAUUCUACAGGGGAUCUGCCUUGUUUCUGAUUCUCCAGAGCUCUGCAGAGAUGAAUGUGAACCAAAGCCCCGUGUGAUUAACACCGAUUUCCCUCGAGUACUGAAACCGCUCCAGGGUCCAGGCCCGGACGCUCGACUCCGUCCUGUUCCGACGACUUCUCCUCAGUGAGGACGGUCGGGGAGAGAGAGUCUGGAGCUGGAGCUCUGACAGUUUCAUCUGAGGCCCGUGCAAUGCGUUUCAUUUUAUUCUGUCCACUUCCUUCACAUGUGGGACGAACAGGAUGUCUUCAUUUAUUUGUCCAGUUUGUCCUUUUUGAAGGUGAAUGAGGUGUCGGGGGCAUUUUUUAGGGACCAGCUGUGUCGCACUACAACGAAACCUCGUCCUCGGCAAAACACACACUACUGCUUUUCUGUGAGAAACUGUCCAAUGUAACACACUGAACAAGAUGAAGCAAAACACGUGCGUCACAUCUCUAUCGCUGAAAUCUGACCAAAAACAGGAAGCAAAACAAAUCAAACUGAAAACGCUGAAAUUAUUUGGAAGUUUUGAAACUGUUGUCUGGAGUCUGGAGUGUGUCAGCGGACAAGUUAUAAUUGUUAUAUACCGUGUUUGUUUCUUUGUUUCCAAUUUAAUGUUUGAUUAGUUCAUUUAUUUCUUCGUCUGAAAAAUGUCAAAUGUUGAAAAAUGUUCUUUUAAAGUUCCAGGUUGAUGGAAUUCUCCAAACCCAAAGAUAUUUAAAUUGAUGUAAUAAUGUUUAACAGGUAAAAACACAAAUUUUUUAAAACUGAUUACUAAAAUAGUUGCAGAAGGAAUUAGUCAAUCAGCUUAUUAAUUUAGAAACAAUGACAUUAAGCUAUUGUCAACUUUACCAAGACGAAUACAAGUGAAAUUAACUUUCAACUCGAAGCAUCGAUGAAGUAUUAUAAUUAAGAAUAUUACAUUGACACGCUCGAGACUCCAGUUUCACAGCUGUGGUUGAAAUUAGAUUUAAGUGUCGACUAUUUUAUAUUUUAUUUACGGUGAAUGAAACAACGGUAAAGAAAGAGAAACUAAGUUUUAGAAGCUGAAACGUCAGGUAAUGAUGCACUGCUGAUGUUUGGUCGCUCGUCUUUUUAAUUGAUCCUUUCUGUAUAUUUUGUUUGAUUUGCUUUGAGGAGAAAUGUUUUCUAAUGAAAAUCUAUAGCUUUUUGGAGUGGAUAAUAUUUAAAGGUUAUACUGAGGAAGUAUGCUGUUAAUAUAGGGGCAGUAGAAAUCUGUAUAAACCACGUGUUGAUAUCUUGUUAGGGAUAUUGCAGCUGUUUACUGUAUGAAGGUGAAUAAAGUUGUUUUUUCUUUAAAA